GAUUUUAGUUCCGCGAGUUACGCAAAGCAGACGCAACUGUUUUGUAAUACGCGACGAGGUUGUUAAUUAUUACUAAAUGUUUUUGUGUUUGUAUAUUUUCGAGAGAAAGAAAAACGCUGCCGAUAUAUAAAUAUGUGCGGAAAUUGGCUGACACGAGCAUUUACUAGUCUAGGUUUUCAGGGCUGGCCAACAAGGAUGUUUUCUCACUCAAACGGAAAUGCUACAAAAAAGAAAGCACUGAUCGUCGUCGACGUUCAGAAUGAUUUUAUUUCUGGAUCACUGGCACUGUGUAACUGCCCUUCAAAACAUAAGGGGGAAGAAGUUGUGCCGAAAAUUAAUGAGCUUGUGGAAUUGCCGUUCUGGGAUUUGGUGGUCUAUUCAAAAGACUGGCACCCUCCAAAUCACAUCUCAUUUGUGUCUAACACUCAUUUAUUUCAUCCCCAUAUGGACAACAAAUGUGAUCUUACCAAUCCUUGCGUUUUUGACCAUGUUAUUUAUGAUGUUGAUAGCACCGUCGUGGAGCAAGACCUGUGGCCUGUACAUUGUCUACAGGACUCAGAAGGAGCUGAAUUCCAUAAGGAUUUGAAAAUUGUGGAAGGAGGUGUAGUUGUACACAAAGGCUUGAAUCCAAACAUAGAUUCCUAUUCUGCUUUUUUCGAUAAUGGUCGACGCUCUGAAACUAUUUUGCAAUCAGUAUUGAGAGAUAACAGGAUUUCAACAGUGUAUGUGUGUGGACUAGCGACAGAUGUUUGCGUAAAUUUUACAACUUUCGAUGCUCACAGCCUUGGAUUUGAAACGUAUGUUAUCGAGGACUGCUGUCGUGGAGUACACGAAGAAAAUAUCGAAAAAACUUUCAAAGACAUGAAGGAAGCAGGGAUUAAAGUUGUAACUAGUGAGGAUGUUCCAAAAAAUAAAGAAACUCAGAGCUAAUAUUGGACUUUUCAAUAUAAUUCCAUGUAUGAUACAAUUUCCAGAAUUUUAAGCUUGAAAAACUGGGUAUCAAGAUGAAAUAUGAAAAUCCUAAUCUUUCUUUUGUUAGAAAGACUGGCAACUAGGAUUUCAUAAAAUCAACAGAGAAUGUUUGAAUAAUCAACUUUAAUAACUUAAACUGAUAAUUGGAUCAUAAGCAACGUUAUUCGGUUAUGGUUAGAAUAUCUUAGCUUUUUCUAUUAUACUUUUUAUGCAGUAAUGAAUAUGAUUUCUUCUGUAUAUUUGUAAUAUUUGUUUGUUUGUUGUGUGUACUCUGUAUAUAUUAAUUACUUCUUGUGCACUCUCAUGUAAUAUUUUAUCACAGCGCUUGAGGUAAAAAAGUUUCAAUCUCUAAAAGCAAUGCCACUAAGCCUUUUUCUUCACGUUAAUAAAUAUGAAUGUUUUCGUUUUUAUUCAUAUAUAUUUUUAGUGUAUCAUUACACUUCAUGUAAUAUUUUGUAAUACUUCUUCAGGAUGAGUUCAAUCAUUUUCACAAAAAGUAAUGUCAGAAAUAUAAAACUCGACUUGGUUAUUGUUAUUCUGCCCACUGGCUUCAGGUGUGAUUAUGUAACUUUGCAUGUCUA